AAAUCUUGGUGCCUUCCAAGGGCCAAAGUACAAGAGGCACCUGCUGCUAACCAGGAUCCAAUGGCCUCUCUGUGGAUCAGGAGGACAAGGCCAGCAGGGCUCCAGAGGGCAGUGAAACUCCAGACAGGAGGUGUAGUAAGAAGUCCAGUUUCGAAAGCCUUGGCAUGAAGCUGUGUCUUCAGCCUAUGGGCCAACUACUGCUGAGAGAAUCCAAAUGGAAUCACUGUCAAAACCCUGCUCAAAUGAGGCUGAGGAUGAUACCAACCUGUAAUCUCAACACUUGGAAGCCUGUGGCAUUGGGAUUGCUAGCCAGUCUGGACUACAUGAAGCAAAACAAAACUGGAACUUCUAUACAUGUGUGAUUGCUGGUGGCAUUCUUUGCCAACUUUUUAUGGAAGGAUUAAAAUAAAGGAGAUGUUUGCAGCAGUAAAAAGAUUCUCUUCCUACCUGUCAGAGGCUCCUAGUCCCACGGAAGGAUGACCACAAACUUCCUGAUCUUCUCACCUCCACCUCAAAGUGCUAGGAUUUCAGGUCCACGGCAUCACGUACCAACACAACUCAUAAAACUGAAAAAGAACCCACACCCUCAUGAAGUUUAGGCGUGCCCACACCUUAACCGUGCUGUUCAUACUUACCUGUGCACUGGGUUAUGUGACUCUCCUGGAAGAAACCCCUCAGGAUACAGCCUACAACACCAAGAGAGGUAUUGUGGCCAGUAUUUUGGUUUUCUUAUGUUUUGGAGUCACACAAGCCAAAGACGGGCCAUUUUCCAGACCUCAUCCAGCUUACUGGCGGUUUUGGCUGUGUGUUAGUGUGGUCUACGAGUUGUUUCUCAUCUUCAUCCUCUUCCAGACAGUCCAUGAUGGCCGGCAGUUUCUGAAGUAUGUGGAUCCCAGGCUGGGCGUUCCAUUGCCAGAGAGGGACUACGGGGGCAACUGCCUCAUCUAUGAUGCUGACAACAAGACUGACCCCUUCCACAACAUCUGGGACAAGCUGGAUGGCUUUGUUCCUGCACACUUCAUUGGCUGGUAUCUGAAGACCCUCAUGAUCCGUGACUGGUGGAUGUGUAUGAUCAUCAGUGUGAUGUUCGAGUUCCUGGAGUACAGCCUGGAGCACCAGCUGCCCAACUUCAGCGAGUGCUGGUGGGACCAUUGGAUCAUGGACGUCCUCAUCUGCAACGGGCUGGGCAUCUACUGUGGCAUGAAGACCCUCGAGUGGCUGUCCUUGAAGACAUAUAAGUGGCAGGGCCUCUGGAACAUUCCAACCUACAAGGGCAAGAUGAAGAGGAUUGCCUUUCAGUUCACGCCCUACAGCUGGGUACGCUUUGAGUGGAAGCCCGCCUCCAGCCUGCACCGCUGGCUGGCCGUGUGUGGCAUCAUCUUGGUGUUCCUGCUGGCAGAACUGAACACAUUCUACUUGAAGUUUGUGCUAUGGAUGCCCCCUGAACACUACUUGGUCCUCCUGCGGCUGGUCUUCUUCGUGAACGUGGGUGGUGUGGCCAUGCGUGAGAUCUAUGACUUCAUGGAUGAACUGAAGCCCCACAGGAAGCUGGGCCAGCAGGCCUGGCUGGUGGCAGCCAUCACAGUCACAGAGCUGCUCAUCGUGGUGAAGUACGACCCGCACACACUCACCCUGUCACUGCCCUUCUACAUCUCCCAGUGCUGGACUCUUGGCUCCAUCCUGGUGCUUACGUGGACUGUCUGGCGCUUCUUCCUGCGGGACAUCACCAUGAGGUACAAGGAGACCCGGCGACAGAAGCAGCAGAGUCACCAGGGCAGAGCCGUCAACAAUGGGGAUGGGCACCCAGGGCCAGAUGAUGACCUGCUAGGGACUGGGACUGCAGAGGAAGAGGGGACCACCACUGACAGUGUACCUGCUGAGGGGGGGGCCUCAGCCGCCUCAUGAUCCUCUCCGUCUUCACUGGCCUUGUGCCAUAGGCUGUUCCAUUUCUCCCAUCCUUAUGCUCCCUGCUUCAGAGGAGGGGGGCCCAUCCCCGCUCCACCGGGGCACCUGAGUGUACAUGUUUGUGUGCAGGUAGGUGUGUGCACAUAUUGGCUCCUGACACUUGUCCAGGGCUGUGAGCUGACCAGUGAGCCUGGAGCAUGCUCUAGAGCAAGGGUCCUGCCCUGUUCUUCUACCUGGUCAGCGAAGGCCCUGACCCAUGGUCUCCCUCGUGCUCAGUCUCACCACAGACCAGAAGAGGCAUCUUGUACUCUUUCUCUACCCUCUGUGGGGUAGGCAGAAGCCCCGUGAGACCCUGUGGCCCCACCCAACUUGAAGCAGCAGAAGUGAAGGCUGUCACAACACUAAGAUGGCUGCAAAGUGGUAGAUCUGGAGUCAGUACUGAGACAUUUUCUUUGGAGCCUUCAUUUAAGCAGGACUCUAAGAUGAAUGGUAUUCCAUGGGGGGAGGUCAUCAGAUUGGCCCCUUGAGGGGUAUCAAGUCAGAGAAUCCAAUUUGUAGACCUGUACCCCAGGUGCUAGGGUUGUGUUGUCACCAUGGCUCCCUGAGUCUAGCCGCACUCGUGAGCAAACAGAACAAAUAAAGCGAUGGCGAAGGUG